AUGAUUCCGAGGACUAGAACACUACUGCAAAGUAAAAUACCAAUUACCAGGUACUUUGCCAGAUGUUGGGCGCCUCGCGUACGCUACAACGUGUGCCGUACUCUACCCGCAGCAGCGUUGCAUACCAAUAUCAUCGCACAUAAUGAAGUGAAAAAGGACGAUAAGAAGGUUCAUUUGGGGUCUUUUAAGGUAGACAAGCCUAAGAUGAUGAUAGCUUUCACCUGCAAGAAAUGUAACACCCGAUCUUCACACACAAUGUCCAAGCAGGCGUACGAGAAAGGUACUGUCUUGAUCUCUUGUCCGCACUGCAAAGUGAGACAUUUGAUAGCAGACCAUCUGAAAAUAUUCCAUGAUCAUCAUGUUACCGUGGAACAGUUAAUGAAAGCUAACGGAGAACAAGUUAGCCAAGACGUGGGCGACUUGGAGUUUGAAGACAUCCCAGAUUCGCUAAAGGACGUCCUGGGAAAAUAUGCCAAGAACAACUCAGAAAAUGCAUCCCAGCUCCCUCACCCUUCCCAGAAAUGA